AUGGCUAAGUUUAUUGUUCUUUGCUUGAUUUUAACAUUUGUGUCUAUAGCCAUGGCUGAUAAUGCAUCAAAUUUUGCAAAUUCUCCUGCUUUUAGUCCAUCAUCUUCAAUUAGAAAACUUGGAAUGCACCAUCUAGAAGAAGAGAAGAGCAUUAAUUUUCCGAAAGAAGUAAUUGGUUCUCCACAUCAACAAGAGGAUAAUGAUGUUGAUCAAGAUCAUGACGAAAUCAAGAUUAAGCAUCAUCAUUCAGUUGACAAGUCAAUUUUUGGAGGUGGAGUGAUUCUUGGAGGCUUAGCAACAACAUUCUUUGUGGCAAUCUUUUGUUACAUUAGAGCAACUAGAAGGAAGAGUAAUGUGGAGCCUAGUUCCCCUAGUUCCUCAGCAGCAGUAUGA